CCUGUUUAACUAUAUAUCAAUCUGCUCGUCUGAAUCUCCUCUACUUUCUGUCUGAGAGGAGAGUAAAAAUGAUUACCACUGGAGUCCUGAGUCUAAGUCUGCUGCUGUCCGCGGCAGUGCUCCGGGGGAGCCUCGCCAGCGUGGAGCUCCGAGCUCGGUCAAUCAGCGGGGAGGACGCGGUGCUGCGCUGCCCGGCGGAGGCUCAGCCCGGGGUCCGCUACUGCUCCGUCAUAUGGUACAAGGUCAGCGAGGCUCCCUCUCGCAAGCUGUCUGGUUUAGUGAUGAAGAACCUGACACAAAGUAAUGGCACUGUCCAAAGAUACAAAGGUUUCGUGAGGGAGGUGCAGAUACUUGAGGAUUCGCAGAGCCUUCUCUUGCCUAAUGUGACUCAGGAGGAUUCUGGGAGAUACCUCUGCUUUCUGUCUGCUCCUGUUGGUCAUCAGAACCAGGAGAAAGAGAUUCACCUGGCGGUUUACGACCAUGCCGAUGAGGAAAAUAUGAGGAAGGAAACAAGUGAAGGAAAAUAUGAGCAUGAAAAUGAUACAGUAUUCAUGGUGCUUGCCAUCACUUUACUCAUCGUGGCAAUGCUGAUGCUUUAUUGUAGUUAUAUUUGUCUACGAAAUACACUAACCCGCCACAAAGAGAAGUUCUCAAAAAAUGCUCUGUUAAAGAAGACUCAGCAUGAAAUGAAGCAUGUCAUCGUUAGCCUAAAACCAAAUGGAAUAGUAUCCAAGAUUUUACCUGAGCAACAAUAUGUCUGACCCUACCAACUUCAUCAUCUGGCCUGAAGAAUAGAGGAACACAUGACAUUUUAGUGAGCAUCAUUGUGGAUCUAUACAGCACCUGUUGUAUGGACAAUGUGUUCAGAAAGGCACUCAAGAUGCCUUGGUGAGGUAGUGUGUUGUUUGGGUCUAACACCAGACUUAAAAGUGCUAUGAACACACACACUUCACCACUACAAUUCUGCUUUGAAGCUAUGAGGUUAUUUGUUUCUCAGUUUGGAGAGAAGCAAAUAAAAUUCAACGAGCAUCAUUGUAGAACACAUUGCGUCUGGAUAGUGUGCUCUUCAUAAUACUAACAGACACACUGUCAGAGUUGAGUAUUGUAGUGUGUGUUGAGAAUCAGAGAUCGGGUCAUGAAGGCGGAGAGCCAAUCAGGAGUCAGGUCAUAAAUGACAAAAACGAAUGGGCUUCUUACAAUGUGAUAUACAGUCACAUUCAAUACUUUCCACAGGGGUCAUCCCAUCUCAUGAUGCUGGUUCAUUAUGAUGUGAAUUAUAGGUUAUUUUUAUAUAUUUUUUAUUUUAAAGCAUUAUUGUAAAGAGUUGUAAUGUGUCUAAUCUAACCUAACACGCUUUGAAAGACAAGAACAGCUCUUCUUUAAUUUGAACAGUCUAUAAGCUUAAAACAGCUGUACGCAGUUUUUAAAAUUACAUUUCAUUAUGUGUUUUCUGAUCAGGCUGUGCUCUCUCUGGAAACUUUGCACUGUUUAAUUCAAAACCGAAAUGAAUGUAUGACAGAAUCUUCAUCACUGUGAUCUAUCAUCAAUCAUGUCACACACGCAGACAUGCAUUGAUGUUCUAAUUUUUAUAGAAGCAAUGAAAUGUUUGUAAUCUGGAUAUGAAAAAUCAACACAAAUGCAGUCUUAAGCUAAUGUUUUGGCAACCCCAUAAUUUUUCAACAUCUAAAGAUUGUAUUGUUUAUUUUCUUCUUACAUUUUCAAAAAAAUCUGUUGAACUAUGUGUUUUUCACCUUGUUUUUUGCCUCUAAAAGGUGUGUUUGUCCAAAAUCUUGAAUUAAAGUUUUUUCAACGUG